CACGGUCAGUAAACACAGUCGCGCCGCUCUGUCUGUCAUUGGUGUCAGUCUUCUAUACUCUUUGUUGGUGUCCCACAAGAAGGGAACAUGAGGAGGUGUCCUCUAACAUCAUACUGCUGCUGCUGUGCACUCAUAAGAGAACAUCACAAAAAGCAGACUCUGCAGAGGAACUCGAUGCACACUAAAGUGCACACAAGGAAGGCUGUGGCUGUAGUUUCUGUCGCGUGAUCCGAGCAGGAAUGGUGGGCUAUGAUCCAAACUCCCCCGGCACGGCUCUCACCCCGGAGGAAGCUGCUCUGGCCGGGUCAGCGGCUGGUAUGGUCACCCGUGCCCUCAUCAGCCCUCUGGAUGUCGUCAAAAUCAGGUUUCAGUUGCAGAUCGAGCAGGUGUCCUGGAGGAGUCGUCAGGGGAAGUACUGGGGUUUAUGGCAGGCCACACGCUGUAUUAUGACUGAAGAAGGACUUCCUGCUUUCUGGAAAGGUCACAUUCCUGCCCAGCUGCUGUCUGUGUGUUAUGGGGCAGUUCAGUUUGCGAGUUUUGAAGCCUUAACAGAGCUGGUCCAUAAGAAGACGGCCUAUAACAGCCAGACACCAGGAGUGCAUUUCAUCUGCGGCGGUUUGGCCGCCUGCUCCGCCACCGUCGCCUGCCAGCCGCUGGAUACCCUCCGCACACGCUUCGCUGCUCAGGGCGAACCCAAGAUGUAUCGUAACCUCAGGCAUGCCGUGGUCACAAUGUUCCGCACAGAGGGGCCCUUCACCUUCUACAGGGGCCUCACACCCACCGUAGUGGCCGUGUUUCCAUAUGCAGGCUUGCAGUUUUUCUUUUAUAAUAUCAUAAAGAAACUUCUGGAGCCCCAAGACACCAAAUCUAAAGGAGGUUUACACAGUCUGAUCAGCGGUAGUUGUGCUGGAGUCAUCAGUAAAACAAUGACGUAUCCGUUUGACCUGAUUAAAAAGAGACUUCAAGUGGGUGGAUUUGAAGAGGCCAGGAUGAAGUUCGGACAGGUGGGUGGAGGUUAA